CCGCCGGGCCGGGGGCGGUGCUGCGCCGGAAGAGGAGACUCCGCCGGGCCGGGGGCGGCGCUGCGGCGGGAGGACUGACUCCGCCGGGCCGGGGGCGGCGCUGCGGCGGGAGGGCGCGCACUUGAGGGCGGAGAUGGCGGCCGUUUACCGAGCGGGGAGCGCGCUGCUCCGGGCCGGGAGGCCGGCCCUGUUGGGAGCCCAGCGUUUGCAGAGCACCGUCUCCUACGCUCAGGCCAUUGAGAAUGUUCCGGAAACCAAGCUGACGACGCUGGACAAUGGGCUGCGAGUGGCCACGGAGGAAUCAGACCACCACAGCUGCACAGUCGGUGUGUGGGUCGAUGUCGGGAGCCGCUACGAAAAUGAGAAAACUAAUGGAGUCGGCAACUUCCUCCAACACUUGAUCCUGAAGGGAACCAAGAAACUUUCCCAGAUGGCCUUGGAGCAGGAGGUAGCCAGCAGAGGGGCUCACCUGAGUGCCUACACCUCUCGUGAGCAGACUGCCUAUUACAUGAAGUGUCUGUCCAAGGAUUUGCCAAAAGCUGUGGAGCUUCUCGGUGACCUGAUACAGAACAGCUCGUUAUCGGAGGCGGAAAUUGAGUCUGGACGCAGGUUAAUCCUGCAGGAGAUGCAGGAGAUGGAGAGCAACCUGGAGGAGGUGGUGUUUGAUUAUCUCCACACCACCGCCUUUCAGGGAACCCCCCUUGCCUACACCGUGGUGGGGCCCUCCAGGAACAUCAAGACUCUGAAUCGCAAUGAUCUUGUAGAGUUUGUGACUGGUCAUUACAAGGCUCCCCGAAUAGUCUUGGCAACAUCAGGAGGUGUUCAACACGACGAGGUGGUGGGAUUGGCUCGCCAGCACUUCGGGGGGAUUUCCUACAAGUACGAGGACGAUGUGGUCCCAGUGUUGUCUCCUUGUCGCUUCACCGGCAGUCAGAUCCUGGUGCGGGAUGAUGCCAUGCCGUUGGCCCACAUUGCGAUCGCUGUGGAGGGGGUUGGAGCCGGCAACCCUGACGUGAUCCCACUCUCCAUUGGCAGCAUGCUGGUCGGGAGCUGGGAUCGCACGUACGGAGGCGGAGCGAAUCAUUCGAGUCGUUUGGCCAAGAUUUCAGUUGAGAAUAAGCUGGGUCACAGUUUCCGCUCCUUCAACACAUGUUACUCGGACACAGGGCUGUGGGGGAUACAUCUGGUGUGUGAUGGAAUGAACAUUGAAGACAUGCUGCACUUCGCACAGGGAGAGUGGAUGACGGGCUCUGACACGAGCGUGACUGAGAGCGAGGUGACCAGAGCCAAAAACCACUCCUCAAGACCCACCUGGAAGCAUCUUUGGAGGCAGAGGGAUGGUACCACGCCAACGUGCGCUGAUAUCGGCCGACAAAUCCUCAGUCACAACAGACGGAUCUCGUUAGCCGAGUGGAAUGCCAGGAUUGAUGCGGUUGAUGCACGGACCCUGCGAGAGGUUUGCAGCCGUUACAUCUACGAUCAGUGUCCUGCUGUUGCUGCAGUUGGCCCGAUUGAACAACUGCCAGAUUACAACAGGAUCAGGAGCGCCAUGUACUGGCUGCGCCUGUGAGCAAGGAGGAGGAGUAAUGGAGUCAUUGAUGCUGAAGCCCCCGGCCUGUUGGGGAACAAUGGGGUGUGGUCUCCCUCUCUCCCUGUCACUGUUUGGUGUUGGAAUCUGAAGGCCACGUAACCCUGCUGUACAGAACAUGAAUAAUUAAAAAUUAAACUAAACCAGG